AUGAAACUGGAGCUUCAAGUAGGGCCUGCUGUUGGAAUUUCUGCUUGUCAUGAGUUAUGGGUAUCUUGCUAUACCCUUGAGAGGAUAACAGAAAUUGCAGGAGUAGUUCUGUCGUUGGAUCCCAAACUUAUCCAGGGUGACGGUAAUGGUGCUGGUGCUGGUGUUGGUGCUCAUGCAAACUGCAGCACGAAAUCUAUGAGAAAUGAUGGUGGAAUAGAUGUGAUUAAGAAGGAAAUUGAGAAACUUGGUUUGAGGCAUAAGGAGCACAUUGCUGGAUAUGGUGAGGGCAACGAAAGAAGAUUUAACAGGUCGCCAUGA